AAACGUUCAGCCGCGGACCGUUGCGCGUUCAGUCUCCGUCCGCCGUUCGACAGCAGCGUUUUUCCGUGGUAGAUAAACCGCCGUCGUCGAGAUCGUCCGAACAGAGGUCGAAGGAAUCAAACCGACAAACAACGACCGCGACCAAUAGCGUCCAGCAGAACCGCCCGUCACGAUGCACCGCAAUCAAUGCGUAAUCGCGUUCGCGUUGGCCGUGUUCGCACUCGCGGUCCACGUCGCCGUUUGCGAGAACAAUACGAAUCCGUUAUCGUUGGCAACAGACAGCUUAGUUGUAAGUGUUACCGGAUGGUCUUGAUCGGGUAUACCCGCUGUCGGUAUUUGAUGCGAAAACGCGCGCCGUGCGCAACGAUCGCGCGGUAAACGUCUUUACGGGGCCGGACGCGGACGGGGUACACCUCUAACCCCAUGACAGUGUUGUAUUGACGGGGGUGGGCCGUGGUGAAAUCUCGAAUUUUCGAACGUUCCGGAUGAAAUCCGAUGAUGUUUUUCGCGGAUAGAGAACACGCGGUUGCCCCCCCCCCCGUGAACGUUUCCACUGAAAUAUACUUACGCGGUAUUUUCACGAAGUCCAUACCUGUUUGUUACUGUUACUCGUUGGGUAUAAAUUGGUAUUAUUAUUUUUGUUGAUGUUGUUGUUAAUUACGUCCACGACGUGUACGGUGUGUGCCCGUAAACGGAAACGGGAAAACCCUGAUGAAUUAUUGAUAUUUAUAACAAAAAAAAAAAAAAUUAAUUUUUUUCCGCGAAAUGUAAUCAAAUGUGUAAUUCAAUAGGAUCGAUUCGUGUGCGUAUUCACAGGGGUUGUGGGGCUUCUUUUUUUUUUUUCGUAUUAAUAUGAAACAUUUUUGAAAUGUUUUGUUAAUUCCUCCGACAACAAGGUAAAUUGCAUUAUUGUUAUCGCCUUUGUAGACACAUGCGCAAUUGUUAUUUGUCAUAUUCAGAUCUGUCGACUUUACGCGUUUUACUGUCGAUGUCAACCGUUAACGAAUUCCGAAUCGGUUUCGUUUCGACAUUUUUUUUACUACGACCUAAUGUUCACUUACCACCGCAAAACGUUUUUUUCCAGAACAAGUUCGUUUAUAACGUUUCCGUUGCCUGUAAAACGUUUUCCAAAUUCGUUGGUUGUAACGUGUUAACGUUUCUCUAAUUUAUUCGUUUUAAACGUGUUACGUAAAUGACGUGUUUUAUCAAUGACGUUUCCGAGCCCCGGUUUUUCAAAAUCAGAUUUCACCUCGGUUUAAUUACAACGGUUGUGAAAUGAUCGACAUAAACAACACGCUUGCCAGCUAUAAGUUCCCGCCUACGCGUCACACAACGGCAAUGACACGGGCACCAAUUUGUCGUUGUCCGGCGUUUUAGGUUUUUUUUUUUUUUUUUUUUUUUUUUUUUUGUUUUUCAAUCCGAUGUUGCGACGACGCGCGCGUAAAAAAAAAAAAACGCGCACCCACGCCUCGUUCAUUUACGGUUCGGUUUUAUUUUUCAGAAUGUGGCGACCCUCGCAACAGUGACCGAGAGUUCAAUAUCGAACAGUACUUCGACCACGACGACGUCGAACGGCACUACGACAACCGGGAAACCGUCAAAAAGCGGCGCUGGCAGCGCAAGAGUGUGCGCAACGCUCGUUCAGACGUCUCUGGUGGUGUUGGUAGCCAAACGUUUGAUAAUUUAAGCCGUCCGACCUUCGGUAACGGCUCCGCCUGUAUUGCCCACCUUAGAAAUUAUUAACCUUUUUUUUUUUUUUUUAUUUUUCUGUCUGUUGAUACCACUUGGUUUCAGAACGAGCGCAAAUUUAUUCAUUUUUUUUUUUCUCCUAUCUAUACUUUAAUAUUGUUACAAAUGUAUGAUUUUAUCGUAGGUAAAUAUUUAAAUUCGAUUUCCAUACCGCUCGUAUAAAAUUUACCACGUCGUAUUUUCACCGCUAGAAAUUUGUACACACGGCCAAUACCCGCGCCGUUGUGUAGCAGCAGCAGCAGCACUUACGCACUUGCAUACAGUACGUAUAGGUAUCGUCACGUUUUGUUAUUAUUAUUUUAAAAAUGGAAAAAAAUGUGUUUGUAUAUUGAUAACGUAAUAAUAACGUACUCGUACACUUGAAACGUU